AUGGACUUCACCACCAUCCUGAAUAGGAAAAACUCCGCCGCUGCAGCCGCCGCCGCCGCCGAAGCGCAAUUACAACACCAGUGGCUCGGACAACCCGGUGAACGCCUACCCCCUCACGGGCCCCCGAUGCAAAUGGACGCCGGGCUUGCCGAUGGAUUCUACUACGCGCAGCCCACGGGCUCCACCCCCCGAAAUAUGGCAUAUGCUCCCGCGGGAUACGCUGGUGACCCCCAAAUCCAGCAGGAAUCUAUGCCUCAGGGAAGAGCGGGUGUAGACCCCCCUCCCAAGACUUUCCACUGCUCAACCUGCAACAAGGGCUUUGCCCGGCGCAGCGAUCUUGCUCGUCACGAGCGAAUUCACACCGGCGUGAGACCCCACGCCUGCGACUGGCCUGGAUGUGGAAAACAAUUCAUCCAGCGCUCGGCAUUAACGGUACACUCCCGUGUGCAUACCGGAGAGAAGCCACACAUGUGUGAGCGAUGUGGAAAGCCCUUCAGCGAUUCUUCCUCGCUGGCCAGACAUCGUCGCAUCCAUUCCGGUAAACGACCCUACAAGUGCCCGUACGCCAACUGCCAAAAGACAUUCACGCGCCGGACUACUUUGACUCGCCACCAAAAUCACCAUACUGGAACCAUUGAAGAAGCUGCUGCGGAGACCGAAGCCCAGCUUCGACAGAACAAGGACCGCGGUCGCCCUGGCGAGGGAAUGUUCUCCGAGCAUGGAUCUAUCCACUCCACCCCGUCACCCGGACAGCAUCCCUCGAUGUCCCCGGGUGGUGAACUGCCCCCGUUGAACAUGCACCGAUCCGCCAGCGACUAUUACAUGGGUACUGGUCCUAUCCCGCCUCAUGUGCGCGGUGACUUCCCCCAAGGUAGCCCUCGAGCUUCGCCGACUGCGACAUCUCCCUCGCUCUCCAGCUAUGGCAGUGCCCCUCACGUCCGCCCGUCCAUGACUUCGCAUCCCUAUGCGCCGCCUCAGCCUUUGGAGCCUCCGGCCACCAGCGAUCACCGCCCCAACAGUGUCAAUGGAAGCCCCCACAUGACUAGCCUUGGAUGGGCUUCUCCGUCUCAUGGCAGCAUGCCUUCCCCCGGGUCUGCCAAUGACUUUACCUAUCCCGAGCCCUCGGGUCCGGCCUACCCCACGUCCAUGCCGCCACACAUGUACUUCCCCAACUCUACCAUCCGCCGGCCCACCAGCACCGAGCCCGAUAACUAUGACAUGAAGUCCCGGGGCGACCACUCGUGGUCCACCGCUGUAUGA